GCGCCCGUCCCCACACCCGAAUGGCUGAAGGUGUUUUAAAAAGCCUAUUUGAAAAAUAAACAAUCUGGGAGUAAUCUUGAUUAUAUUUCCCCAGUUGAGGGGGUUCAUUUUUGUUCUGCUUUUGUUUUUUAAUCCUAAAGCACAUAUUCGCUUAUGAAUGCUACGAAGCUGCGGGCCCGGAGAUGCGUGUUGGUGGAGGUUUUCUGCAAACUGCAUUGUGCAGCCCUUGCCUCUGGAAUUCGGAAGCCGCUGCAAAGACAGAAACUAAAAAUUGCUUGAGCUCUGGAAGCUGCAGCCUCUGGCGACUGUUAGAGCUUUCAGUAGGGACUCAUAGAUAGAUCCAUGGGCGGCAACUCUGCUUCUCACCUUCAAGACCUCAUCUGCCAAGAUAUCUGUCUUUUUCCGUUUAGACUCUCUUAAGGACUUCCUGAUGGAAAACCGCCAAGGCUGGAAGCCUUCCAGGAGCACAACCUUACAGCUUGAAAACUCAGGGCGGGGUUCAAUCCAGGUUCGUGCAGCUUGAGGCUCGCAGUGUAGGACCUCUUCAAGAAAAAAAAAAUAUACAACAUCAGACUAAAUUAGGAAUCAAAGUAAAUAUUAGCUUAGCAUGCAAAAAGCAGUGUCAAUAAAUUAUACAAUUUAAAAAACAGACAAAUACCGCAACCAAAAAAAAUCCUGAUAAAUAUUUCUAAUAGUUGCCUGAACAACUGCUAUAUUUUCAGUUUUCUACUAUUUGAUUAACUCUUAAUUUGAUAACAGUUUGAAAUGUGUUUUCUUGGUUCAGAAUAAUUUGGUAUCUCUUCUAAAUGUGGUUAAUUUAAAAAAAUUUUAAGUUACUAUUGAAAAUUUAGAAAAGUUGAUUUUUAUUUCACAAUCAUUGAUAAUCGCAUGUCAAUUUUUAAUGCACUCAUUUGGAAGGCUGCCAAUUCUAAGAGUUUCUUUUAUGAUCCUAAGAUUUUUUUCAAGACAUUUCAAGUUUCCUUUGGUAGUGACUCACUCUAUAAAUUGCUUAUGGUCAUUGACUUGUUCAUUGCUAAAUCCUUCUGGUAAAGUCCUUCUGGUAAAUAUCUGUGUAGAUAUUUUAUGCCAAAUCUACAAAAAAUUUAAAAUUUCUAUGUGUUUAUACAGUUUGUUCCUCUCAUCAAUAGAUUACAAAAAUCUAGGCAUCAAUUCUACUUAAAAUUAAUCUUUUCUCUCCAGUAAAUUACUGGUUUUGGUUGGAAAUGAAAAAUAAUUGUUACAAUUUACUUUUCUUUCUUUCUUUCUUUCUUUCUUUCUUUCUUUCUUUCUUUCUUUCUUUCUUUCUUUCUUUCUUUCUUUCUUUUUUAUACUGGUAAUUUUACCAAUUAUCCCCAGCCCUUUUUAUUUUUCAUUUUGAGGCAGGGUCUCACUAAAUUGCUAGGGCCUCACUAAGUUGCUGAGGUUGGCUUUGAGCCCACCAUCCUCCUUCCUCAGCAUCCCAAGUUGCUGGAAUUACAGGCGAGCACCAGUGUUCCCAGCUCUUACAGUUCACUUUAUUUUGGUGGGGGUGGGGGAGUAGGGGAUUGAACUCAAGGGCACCCAACCACUGAGCCAUCCCCAAUUCUAUUUUGUAUUUUAUUUAGAGACAGGGUCUCACUAAGUUGCUUAGUGCUUCGCUUUUGCUGAGCCUGACUUUGAACUCGCAAUCCUCCUGUCUUAGCCUCCCAAACUGCUGGGAUAACAGGUGUGGGCCACUGCGCCCAUCUACAAUUCACUUUUUUGAUGUUAGAAUAACUUCUGUUGAAUUUAUAUAGAAGGCUGGGAUAUAGCUCAGUGGCACAGCGUUGUCCUGGUGUGCUCAAGAUCCAGCACUGCAAAAAAAAAAUUAGAUUUUUGUAGAAAUAUGUAAAAAACAGUUUUAUCUCAUGACAAAUGUACAAUUGUAUGUGUUGCAUCGUAAAUAUACUCCUAAAGAUGAGAGCUUCCAUUUUGAUUAGACAUUGAUGAGACUGAAUCCUACAUUUAGAAUUUUCUGGUAUUGGAAGGAUUUAUUGGCUCUGCUGCCACAGACUUCUGGUGCUUCAUGUCUUAAGACACGUUCUUAUGGUGACAAUUCCUCUGACCUUGCACUUUAGUCUUUGCUGUCAAGUGAGUAAUCUCAGCAGGUGGCAGAAGUAUUCCUGGAAGCCAUUUCUAAACUUAGCAAUAACCUGAUGAAACACAGAGGUAUUUAUAAGCCACAUGUCUUAGUACACUCAAACCAUGUAAGUCUAACUCAAUUUCCCUUUUGCUGGAUCCCCAAAUGCCCACUGAUACAAGGACAGAGGAAAGUUGGAAUGGAAAAAGAAAUGCUAACUGCAGUUAAAUAUACAUUACUUUUGCAAAUCUACAAAAUAGUGUGACCAUGUGAAUACAUUGCCACAGCCCAUCCUGGGGCCUUGGAAAUAGCCAGGGCAAGUGAUGAACUUCAUGGUACUUGUUUCUCUGCACACCCAAUUACUUGAAUCAGAAUUGUAUUUGAAGUUUCCUCUGCUGAAGUCUUACUUCAGGCUGACUCUCAUAGCCUUAUCGAACAUCACUCUCUGCACUUGCUUACGCCUUUUGAUUUUUCUCAAUGCCUCAGUAAGUUUGGAAUUUGCAGCUCAUAAAUUCCCAUAUUAUAAGGAAGUGUCUAAUUGUGUAGCCUCAUCAUUUUGUUGAAAUAAGUGUGUCUAACUUAAUGCCUACAGUAAGUCAACCACUUGUAUACAUUCCACUCAGGGUAGAUUCAUCCCUCUCCACAACUUCUAUAAGCAAAAUGUCCAUACUGGUCCAUCUGGCUGUUCUUGGGAGCAGAUGUUUUGUAAGAUUCUUUCUCAACCUGUGGAUGAUGAACUGCCUCAAUACAUUUCAGGUUAAUUGGGGGUUUGUUUACUUGUUUUUUUUUCUUGGUGAAAAUAUUUGAAAUCUGUAAUUUCUCGUAUGUUAAUUUUUUUUUUUUUUUUUUGGAUAACAGGGAUUGAACUCAGGGCCACUCGACCAUUGAGCACACUCCCAGCCCUAUUUUGUAUUUUAUUUAGAGAUAGAGUCUUACUGAGUUGCUUAGGGCCUCUCUGUUGCUGAAGUUGGCUGUGAACUCUGUAUCCUCCUGCCUCAGCCUCCCAAGCCGCUGGAUUACAGGUGUGGUCCACCACACUUAUGUUGUUUCUUACUCAAGUAGUUGUGUAUAUUAUAUCAACUGACAGUUUCCUGGAGAUUUAAGGGAGAGGUGGUACUGAGUUCCAGGUUAGAGGAUGGCUUUCAUCAAAGGACAAAAUUGCAGAGCAGAUAACUUAAGAUUUUGUAUUAGGCAUUUACAUUCUUCACCAUUCUUUGACAUUUCUCCCACAUGACAUUUCUCAUUGGCAAACUGUCCCCAGUCCCCUUGCCUUCUGCUGCCCUGUAGGUUCUGCCUUUCUCCUGGCUCCCUCUUCCUCUUAUACAAUUUUAUGUUCUUUCUCUCCUACUUCCACCCCCGCCCCGUCUACAUAUUUUAUGACUAAUUUUACACAGCCAGAUAUUUUUCUUUUUCUUUUAUUUUUUUGUGCAUUACAAUUAUACAUAAUAGUGGAAUCUGUUGUUACAUAUUUGAAUAUGCACAAAAUAUAACAAUAUAAUUUGGUCAAUUUCAUUUCCAGUGCCUCCCUUAUCUUCUUCUUCUCCCUCCCCUUGUCCCCUUCUUCUACUCUACUGGUCUCUCUGAGAUUCCCCCAUCAUUUUUUCUUCUCCAGCUUCCACAUAUGAGAGAAAACAUAAGACUCUUGACUUUCUGAGUUUGACUAAUUUUGCUUAAGAUAAUGCUUUCAAGUUCCACCUAUUUUCCUGCAAAUGCAAUAAUUUCAUUUUUCUUUAUGGCUGAGUAAAACUCCAUUGUGUAUAUGUUCCACAUUCUUUACCCAUCAUCUGUUGAUGGACAACUGGGCUGGUCCCAUAACUUGGCUAUUAUAAAUUGUGCAGCUAUACACAUGGGUAUGCAUGUGUUACUAUAGUGUGCUGACUUUUAAUUAUAUUGUGUCAUUUGGUAAUUCUUAGUCUUUUGAGGAACCUCCAUAUUGAUUUCCACGGUGGUUGUACUAAUUUAAUUUACAAUCUCACCAACAGUGUAAAACUAUUCCUUUUCCCCCACAUCCUUUCCAGUGUUUAUUAUAUUUUUCUCUGAGUAAUUACACUGCCAAUUUUAAGCCACCAUCUUUAAAAGAAAUAUCCUAGUGCUCUCAAGUCAUGGCAGCAGCAGUCUACCUUCCAGAGGUGAAAGGAAGAAGUCAUGUUCCAUCUUGAGAGACAGUGCCACUUACUUUGCACCCAGAGUCAGCUACCAAAAGCACUCAGCUGAAGCACCCUCUCUAUUCCUGUUCUGGGCAGAGUGGCAGGUUAAAAUCCAGGUAGGAAUAAUUUAGAAGGUACAUUGAACUUGAAGUGGUGAUGGGACAUCCAAGGAUGUGCAGGAAUUUAAACUCAAGGAGAUCAAGACAAGGAAAAAAGAAUCUGAAUGGCAUUGAGGCUCAGGUGGGAAAAGACAGAGUGGUGGCAUGAACCCGGGGCCUCUGCCUUGGAAGUUCAUUUAGCUACACCUCAUGGCACAAGGUUGGAGUAGUCUACCUUUUACGGAUGCUUAGAGGGGUGAGGUGAGAGGGAACCAAUAGCCAAGGAAAAGAGAAUUACAAGGAGGGGACUACUUGAACUAAGGUCUCAGAAUCAUAAGUUUGGAUGUAAAUUGAGAAAAUAUCACUGAAAUUCAAGUUUAGGAUUGUCAAUCUAAAUUUUAAAAAUCAUAUUUUCUCCCAAAUACUGAUAUUUAUUUGGGAAUAGCACUGCAAUGGGAUUGUGCAUGCCAGCAAACUAUGGGUGUAUUCAAGGAGGUUGAGACAAGGGGAAGUUUUUGAAGUUUUCAAAAAUGAAGAUUACAUCAGAUAUUUUGAAACAUUGUUUCUUGGCCAUAAUGGCAAAUAACUUGAGUAACAUCAGUUCAAGGUUAAAUAAACAAUUGCUUGGUAGAUGUCCUUGUAGAAGUACUUUUUGUGAAAGCUUGGGGUCUGGCAGAGUCUUCUGUGAAUUAUUAUCAGGUAAUUGUGUGUAAAAACCCUUACUUCAUAAAUUUCCAGCCUUACUUACAAUUUUUUUCUUAAGCUAAUAUUACUCAGGGGUCUGGGGGUAUAGCUCUGUUGGUACAGCAUAGGCAUAAAGCUGUUCAUUCCCUAACACCACACACAUGCACACACACACACACAUACAAACACACAUACACACACACAUACACAAGCUAGUAUUUUACACAUAUAUAGUUUGUUUACACAUACACAAGCUAGUAUUACUAAAUAGUGGGUUCCUGCCUUUAAGUUGCUCAAUAAACCUGUAGGAAAAACAAGUACCUAAAUAACUAUAGUAAAAGUUACUAUAUGAUCAAUAGUCCACAUUGGCAUAAAAUGCUAUUUUUCUUCAUCUAUGUGGCCAUAUAUCCACUUAUCCAGUCUUUCUAUCCAUCUAUCCAUUCACCCACUCAUUUAUCAAGGGCAAGGAAAGGUGUGGAGAGAGAUGAUACUUUGUGGCAAGGAAGCCAUGGGUCUGGGAUAACGGAUAUCCGAAUAUGAAUCUCAGGUCUAGAUUUACCCCACUGUGACCUUGGACAGUUAUUUCAUUUUUCUAUAUUUUGUUUCCUACAUUAUCCCAUGAGAUUGUGCAGAAAUGUCCAAUGCAGGAGGGUCAAGGACUAGAGGUUAAAGAACAGGUGUGGCAGUGAGUAGCUUACAGAGAGAGCAGCAGGACAAGGUUGAUGCCUAGAUUUGUGAUUUCAAGUGCUGAAAUCUGAAUUCCAACGAAGUGCAGAGAGUAGUCACAGGGUAGGUGGCAAAAGGGAAGGUCAUUAGACGUGGGCAGGUCAAGGAACUGAGGGACUUCAGUGUUGGAUGUCCAUUUACAUAGUCUUGUACUUAGGAUAAUGGAAAGACAUGGGGUAAGGAAAAACCUGUGAUCCUUGUACCCAAGUCCUCAAUGAAUUAAGGGAGACAGGUGUGUGAAGGGUAGCAAAGAAGAGCCAGAGUAGACAACCAGAGAUCUUUCAGACAGAUAUUCUUACUCUGAGUCUGAGAAAUAAUGGUCAGGAGGUGGGGGUGUGGAGUGAGGAAGCUACCCACCCCACCUGUGACCUUGAAAUUUUAGGGAGUCAUCUCCUUUGAGAAGAAAGCCAAGGAACUAUGACUUGAGAAAGUGACUUUUUGGUAUCAACCUAAAAGAAAAUCUGUUUAAACAUUUGGGCACCAAAUAUGUGGAUUUAUUUUUCUCACACCAACUAAUUUUACAAUUCUCUGACAUAACUGAAUGUCCUUAAUUCUGACACUAUCGGUGGUUAAUACAGAUACCACAGGUUAAGAGCUUGUCCCAGAAGACUGCCUCUUGCUUCAGAUGCACAUCAUAAGUAGUGGGUCCCCAGGUUACCCACACUUAUGGCUGACUUGGCUACAAAUUGGAAUUCUCCAUGAGUCCAUCCUUAAGUUUAACAAUUUGCUAUAAUCGUGCACAGAACUCAGAAACACACUUUAAUUGCUAUUACUGAUUUGGUGCAAAGAAGUCACGAACAGCCAGAUGAAGAGGUACAUAGGGUAAGCUCCAGAAGGGAAGUGAGCACAGGAUUUUGUGUCCCGCUGAGUUGUAUCCCCACUGAGUUUGGUGAGCACCAUUUUCCCAGCAUGUGAUGCAUUUACCAUCCUGGAAGUUCUCUGAACCCUUUUGUUGAGACUUUCAUGAAUAUUCCAAUAUGUAAGUAUAAUUGACCAAAUUAUUGGCCAUUGGUGAUUACUCAGUUCCCAGGACCCUCUCUUCUUUCUCGAGGUAGGAGGUAGAGCUAUAAGUUCCAACUCUCUAACCAUAAUUGGCUUUUCUAGUAACUGGCCCCAUAUUUUAAGAGCCACCUCUUUGGCAUAAAAUCAGGUUUGGUUGAAAGGGUCCUAUUGUGAAUAGCAAAAUAUACACCAGUCACUUCUAUCACUCAGGAAACUACAAGGGUUUGAGGUGUUGUCUUCCAGAACCAGGGAUGAAGACCAAAAGUAUACUUAUCUUAUUAUAAUACCACACAACUCCACAUAGCAAUCGGUGGCAAAGUAGGAUUGAAGGAGGGGGCUAUAGAUUGAGGUUUUCAAAUAAGAAUCUUAGAUCAUUAAAAGCCUCAAGCCGCGAUCCUUAUUACUGGCACCAGCUGGUGUCUCUCCCAAUGUCAAUGCUGACAUCAGCCUGACUAGAAGGUUACUGGAGGACAGUGGGGUGGGCAACUGAUGUUCCAGCAUCAUCCAGCAGUAAGUGUCAAGGUCUCAUGACACCUGGAUCCUACAGUGCCAUAAGCUGGGAUUCUGGUGGCCUCCAUUCUGAGUUGACUGUCAGUUUCUGUAAUAUUUGCAUUAAAAGCACCAAGACUUUCCUCUUUCCCGUGAGCAAACAAGCCACACCCUGCAACAACUAAAGUCCACCUGUUCUUCCAGUUACCCUAGGUCACGGGGACUUUCAUUUCCCUGGUAAUUCAGUGUUUCUAAGAUUGGGUGAGUUGAUCCACCUCUCCCCCAGUUUCACUGACCCAUGAGCAUAUAUAAUUGGCCUGAUUUAAGAAGGAACCAUUCACCCGGCCGGCCUUCUCCCCAGAUCUGGAGCCUGAGAAAAUGACCUGAAAUCAAAAAGGAGAAAUUGAGGUGGCCAGAACUGUCUCCUUUGAUGGAAAGGGGGCAACUGCCUGAAGUUGGAGCCUGAGCUGUGUCCUUUGGGUCUGUCCAGGGCUGCCUCCUUCCAGCUGAGCCCUCUCAUCUAGGGCUAUCAAGUGUGGCAGGAUUCUUCAGAAGACCCAGUGGGAGGCUGGUGGGACAGGUUGGAGACCAUGGUCUCCUUACAAGAGGACAGACAGGAGGAGGCUGUCUGCCCCAUCUGCCAAGAACACCUGAAGGAGGCUGUGAGCACCGACUGCAAACACCUCUUCUGUCGUGUGUGCCUGGCCCAGCACAUGGAGAAGGCCUUGGCCUCUGGGGCUCUCUGCUGUCCCCUCUGCCGGAAGCCCUAUUCUGAGAGGGUACUGGGGGAAGGCUACAUCUGCCACAAGCACCAGAAGAGGUUUCAGAGGUUCUGUGAGAAGAGCAAAUGUCUACUGUGCGUGGAAUGCCUGGAGUCCCUUGAACACCAGUCUCAUUCUGAGCCGACCAUUGAAAAUGCCAUCAGUCACUACAAGGAACGACUCACCCGCCGGUUCAGGAAGCUCAGAAAGGACAUUGGAGAACUUCAGCGGCUCAAGGCUCAGGAGGAGGAGAAGCUGCAGGCUCUGCAGUCUUUCUUUAUGAGAAACACAGCUGCCUCUGUGAUGCCUGUGACACAGGGAGGCUGUCCCACCAGGGGAAGAGGACUGAGGAAUCAGCAUUCUUACUCAGGUAUUCAACUGUGGAGGGCCAGGAGGGAGCCAUCUGACAUUGAGUCUUAGGGAGUCCGUUUUCUGGAGUUUCAGGUAGACUGUAGAAACCACAAGUUGGAGGCUGAGCUGGUGAGUUAGCACCAAAACAAGGGACAACUGGAUAUUAUCCCUCAACAGCAGCUGGAGGACACAUCAGCAGAAGAGGCCAGAAUCCUUGAGCUCUCCAAGGCAAUAGCACAGAUCAGCCUUCUGGUUGCUGAUCUGGAGAGUACAGCCAAGGAGUUGGAUGCCAAUACACUGACGACUGCCAGUGACUUACUGAAAAGGUAUGAGCCAUCCCUUUUCUCUUCCCGCAUGUACAGACUCAUCACAUAGAGGUGCACAUGGACUUCAUCAUUUUUGCCUUCAUGCUUCAUGGCCAGUGGUGUCAAAGGAAAGCAGGGAGUUGAAAUUCCAAACGUCAGCUGCUGUGUUCAGAUGAAAGAAGAUUUAAAGUCAGACAGCAAAAGUCAUGCAAGAGAACUUUAUUAGAAGUCAAAGUGAGGUGAAAAUAAAGUAAAAGAAAAGAGUACUCCAAAUAAUCUAGAUGAACUCCUCUCUCUGCUUGCUCCAGCUGGUCCAGUGGCCAAUUAAUCUUCCUGGUGCAUCAUCAGGUCUGCCAUCUCCAGAACACAUACCUAUUUCGUCAUCCCUACAGCCGUGAUCUGAUGCCUGGAUCUCUGACACUUGGACUCAAUCUCCUUCCUGAAUGAGGUUCAUGCUAUGGCUCUCACUGUGGAGGUCAGAUCCAUGAUCUCCAGGACCACUUACAUGAUCUCCAUUUUGCCUGUAAACCAAUGGUAUUAAAAUAAGCACCCAGGUAUCUGGGUGGCAUGAGCUCACCAAUGAUGAUGCCACGUUAGUACAUGGAUCCCAGCAGGUUUGUGGGAGGAAUAUUUCUUCUGAGCUUCAGUAGCACCUGUUCUUUGUACCAUACAACUGUCAUGGUAGACAGACUCCAGGGGGGAUCCCCAUGAUUCUCACCUCUUGGUGUUCAUGCCCUUGUGUGACUUCCUUCCCCUGAGUAGACUGGGAAUCAUUACUUGCUUCUCAUCAAUGAAAAAUGGCAAAGAUGGUGGAGUGUCACUCUAGUACUAUGUUACUUGGCUUAGGAUUCCUCCUUCCUAGCAGACUCAACUCUAGAAGCUCUACUUGCUGACCUGUUGAAGUGGGAGGAUCUACCUUCUAACCAGUAGGAACAGGGACCCUUAGUCUCCCAGCUAUAAGAAAAUGAAUUCUGCCAACAUCUGAGUAAGACUGGAAGUAGAUUCUUUUCCACUUGAGCUCCCAGAUAAGAACCUGGUUCAGCUGACACCUUGAUGACAGUCUUAUGAGACCCUACACAGAACAUUCUGUUAAGUUAUGCCCAAAUUUUUGACCCCCCCAAAAACUGAGACAAUAAAUAUGGAUUGUUUAAGGUAGUAAACUUAUGGUAGUAUUAAUGGAAAAUGGAUAACUAAUAUAAUUGUAUAUUAAUUACUUAUUCAUGUAUCUCACUUCUUUGGGUGAGCAAAGAUAUUACUCUAUGUUCUCAAUUGUUGGUGCCUGGCUCAUAGUUGGUGCAUAAUAAAACUGUAAAUGGAGGCAUGAGUGAAUUAAUAGCAUAACUUGAUCCUCCAUGUAUGAAAGGAGUCAUCAAUUGCUUUUUUUAUUUUUAUUUUUAGUAUUGGGGAUUGAACCCAGGGAUGUGCUACCAUUGAGCUACUUCCCCAGCCCUUUUAAUUUUUUAUUUAGAGACAGGGUCUCACUGAGUUACUGAGACUGGCCUCAAACUUGCCAUCUUCUUGCCUCAGACUCCCAAAUCACUGGCAUUACAGGUGUGUACCACCAUACCCGCCAUCAAUUGACUUUUAACCAGUAUUGUUUAAGCCUUUGCUGAGUCAAUACUGUACUAGGCACUUAGGGAUUUUUUUAAAAAAAGCCAUGGCCUCAAGGAGGUGCCAUGUUGUACUGCCAAGAGUGAAGACUUGGGUGUCAGAGUUGAGUUUAAGUCCCAGUGCUGAAACCUAAUGCCUCUGUGGCCAUUGACAAGUCACUUAGCCUCUCUGAACAUCAGUACUACCCCCUUUAAAGUGUGGGUAAUGGUACCUGUGGCCUGCAGUGGUUGUAAGAAUUAAACUCCAUUGUGCAUGCUCAGUGUCUGCUGCAGUGUCUCCCACAGUGUAAAACAUCAAGUAUGUUACUUCCACUACUUUUUAAAAAAUUCCACUUCCCCAUCCAGAAGCUACAAGAGAGUGUGUAACUGGGUUAAAUGAAGUGUCGUGGAUGUUAAAUGCUUGGGAAUUGCAAGAGAGAAACAAGUGAAGCUGGAUGAGUCAGGGCAGGUUUCAUGGGGGAGGUGGGGCCUGGACAGGUUGGAGAGAAAGAUGAAAAUAUUCCAGGUCAGGCUAUCACUUGAAUGAAAGUAUAGAGGUAGAAAAAAGCCAUGACACAACUGUAGACACAUGAGGAAACUGACUGCUCAUCUGGAAUGCUCAGGAACUGGGGAGACCAGACCUCAAACAGGUGAGAUGGAUGAGAGCAAGAUGUAGGGGGCCAUCAAAAGCUUUUAAGUUGGGAGUGAAAAGGAAAGUGGUGUUUGCAGUAACUAGUCUGGAUCCUUUGUGCAAGAUGAACUGGGCAGCGAGUUGGGGAUUCUAGAGAGGCCAGAGGAGAAAGAGCCUAGUGUAGAUGUUCAGGAAAACAAGAGUGUAGUAACUUGGCAAGAAGGUGUUGAUCUCAAGAAACCUAAGACCCCACAUCUAAAAGCAAGAUAGCAGCCAAGGAAAGAAGACCCCUGAAGUUGACAGCUAACAAUCCCUGACUCCUCUAAUGGGUUAAUGUCACAGAGAGAACCUGUCCAGAAGUGGAGGAGUGGGAGGAGACUGAAACUAGAGGUCAUUAUGCUGCAGUUGCCUGCCAGGGCCUCUAGACCUCUUCCAAUGGAACCAUAGAUGUUUGGGACAAGGGUGGGUAUCUGGUCAGCAGAUGGUUGGCUGAUUGAGUCUAUGGGUUGCCUGUUGAGAAGAACCUGUCAAAGAGGGACAAUAGUGAUUCACUGAAACCAUCAGGUUCUCCUGGAAAUUCAAAAGGGAUCUUUGAUAAUAGUAUCAUUAGUUGGCAGGGAAACUACUGCAGACAGCAGCCAAGCUGCCAUACAGCAGAUAUUGAGAGCAAGUGUUCAUGACCCUGUUGCUGAGUGACUACAGAAUGGUCUUGUCUCUACACUUCCUUGGACCUGAACCCUCCUUCCUACCAGUUCUUGGGCUUGUAAUUGCAUGAUGACCAUGAACACAAGCCUGGGAACCAAACCACCUGAUUUCCAGUGCUUGAGCAGCUGCUCACUCUCAGCUGAUGUGGGACAAUACUCAGCCUCCACAUCUCAGUUCUCUCUCAUGCAAAAUGGGAUCUUACCAAUAGUACCUACCUCAUAGAGUUGAUGUGAUGAUUAAAUGAGUUAAUAUAUUAAAAUAUUUAUUAUGGCAUUUGGUCAAAGUGAGCUGUGUUUGUUCUUAUUUAUCAGCAUUUUUCAAAUUUCUAGUUCUUCCUAUGGAAACUGGUACUGUUCUCCAAUCCCCUAACCCUUGCAAGAGCUUCUGUGAAGACUUAAUAAUGGUGGAAAAUCUCAUUUUCCUUAUUUUGAUGUCUAUUCUUAUAAUAAACUUUCCUGUUAUCUGAACUAA